CUCUCACUACGCCGAGGGGCCCGGCAAGGUAAGGAGGAGGCGGCCUCCCCGCUGUCACGGCCGGCAGGUUCCCCCCGGGCUGGGUAUUGUCACUGGGGAUGGUGUCAGGAGGGAUGGGGCCUGCUGUCAGGCGGGCAGCCUGUCCUAGAGUGACCAUGGACACAGCUCGCUUGCUGUACUAAGCAGGGGCAGUGUGCUUAGCCUUUCACUGGCUGAGGGUUGUGGGAGUGCCAACGGUUUGACCACUGUAACAGCUUCAUUCAGAGCAAAGCAGGUACAGUCUGACUGUUGCAUUAUGGGUGUUGUAGUGCUAGGAAGGUAGGAGGUCUUGGGGUUUUUAUUUUGGUUUUUUUUUGUUCCACUCCUAAUUCAAGGUGGGUUACUGAGACUGUACGGGUUUCUAGGUUUUAUUUUUUACGUUUUGAUAUUCUAUCUGGCACACAUGAUGAUAGCUUUUAUCUAUGAUUUGUCUGUGAUACUGUAAACGCUUUCUGAUGUGCCUGGUGCAGUGGGUUAUUGCACGUGGGUAGAGGCGCCCUGGGGUGCAUUGUUCGACUGAAUGUGAGCUCUGACACUUAAUGCUAGAAAACUUUGGAGAUGGUUAGAGUUGCUCAAAAAAGAGGCCUGUGUGAAAAGGAUUUUUUUUUUAUCUUAAAUGCAGUGAAUAUCUAUAUAUAUAUAUAUAUAUAUAUAUAUAUAUAUAUAUAAUCUAUCGCGCUCUCUCUCUCUCGUUAAAGGAAUACUAGCGUUAGAAUUGCAAACAUGAAUUUCUAACACUAGUGGAAUCACCAUAUAAAAUGUUUGUUGACCUUCAAUUGAAAGAAAGCUGUUUACUUAACGCUUAGCCCCCAGUGUGUCCUCUUCAGCUGAGAGCAUUAAUUCUGAUGAUCUCGGCCAGAUCACCACUAACCCCUUAUGGAAGCACUGGGAGAAUUAGUGUGCAUUAGCUGUAAAUCACAACGCUAAGCAUUGAUAUGCACGGAGUUAGUGCAUCUCUAUGGGAACAUUCUGUGUUGAGCGUGGAAGUGCUAAACAUGAUCGGUUUUGCAAGCAUUGCACUAAAAUAAGCUGUAGUGGUGCUGGUGCCUAUAAUGUCCUUUUAAAACCAAGAUCAGUUCCUAAAGAAACCAGUAGAAUGCCAUACUUUGUCGCCAUGAAAACAAUUAUUUUUACAUUGCAAUGCAAGUACUAGCUAGUUGAGUUAUUACAUGUUGACUGUGAUCAUAAUGUGUAUAGUAUUACCUUUUUUUUUUUUAAACUUUUUUUUUUUCAGAAUUUGCCCUUUUCAGUUGAAAACAAAUGGCGACUGUUGGGUUUGAUGACACUCUUUUUUGGCAGUGGAUUUACCUUUCCGUUCAUCAUCGUUAGACACCAGCUUCUGAAAAAAUGAAUACAUUGACAAAGGUAGCUGUCAAUGCUUCUCUUACCAGUGUAAAAUAAAGAGAAUGUGACAUUACUGGAAUACUUUUUUGUUAUUCUUCUAGUUCUAUUACCUGUUAAAUAGCCUUGACUUUGUCAUGAGUUGACUCCUCUGACAAGUAAAAAUUCACUUUCUUGGAAAAAUACACUCGUUUUUUGUGCAUAUGAUGAUAAAGUAACAGUAUGAUAAAGAAUGAUCCUGUAAACGCUUUCUGAUGCACAUUUAAUAUUCAUAAUGUGAAUACUGGAGUCAAAUGUAACUUAACAUAUUAUGCCACAUUAUCUUCCUCCAUUUAUAUAUUUGUAUUUUAUUUUUUAGGAGCGAAUUUUGUUCUGUGAUGGAUGGACCAUAUUUAAAUUUUCCCAUUGUGCAAGACAUGGAUUGUAA